AUGACAACACUAGACCACACCGCCUUCCCACAUAUCCUCGACGCGAUUCUGACCAACGCGCCCCGCCGAGUCCUCCUCACUUUCCGGGCCACAUCGCAGCACCUCCGCUCACUUGCCGACAACAUCCUCUGCGCCAACGCCGACCUACACCUCACCGCUACCGCAUCAUGGAGCCUGACCUCUGCUUCUGGAGCCCUCCCCCUCCUCCCCGGAGACACACGCGCCUCGUGUCUCUCCGCCAUCAAAACACUCACCCUCCGUAUGCCCCCCUCCCAACGCCGCAUGGCGCGCAAAGACCUCCUCCUCCCCGCCCUCUACCUCUCCGCUACCACCCUCCGGCUUCCCGACCCUUUCUUGCGAUUAUCCAUCGACGGCCUAGCUCCCCUCGCUGAAGAAUUAAUCGUCUUUGAACGAAUUACCCCCAGUUUCAACUGCGACAAGACGGGCUGGUUCUUUCCCCCCACCAUAUCUGGGACGCGUAUUCCAACCUGGGCCAAAAGAUACGUCCUCAACAUAGCAGUGAGACCCGAGGAACCGGAACUCCACGCCGCGACUUGGGACGCUUGGGCUGUGGUGGAUGAGGAUGGGCGGCCCCAAUCUCUUAAUGACGAUCGAGAGGUGGUGGUGAUUCUCCAUGGAUUGCCUGGACGCCCGGCGCGGUCCCUCCAAGUUGCCCAACACGAGCUCGGAAUACUCCACGGCCUCGCGGAGGCUGUUGCCGCGCAUCCAUGGAAAUGGACAGUGGUCGGCGUUCCCGAGAUGCUCAAGGUCGCGCCACAUGCUGUAGCGGCGCAAGACUUUGCGAGCCGGUUCAACGAGGUGGCUGGGCGGGAGAAUGACUUUUGUUCCAUGGCCCAGUAUGAGCGCUUGAGAGGGCCAAGGGCGGUGCUAGAGACGGACGUUCGCACCAGCUCUACAUCCUGGAUGGAAUAA